AAUGUUGGGAGAGACCGGACAUGUAAAUUGCUUUGUGGGCAAAGUGUCCUGCCAUGGCAUCCCCAUGGCUCACUCUCUCUUUAUUCUCUUCUUCUGCUCCUCCAAAUUCUUUGCUUCCGUCCAUUCCAUUUAUUGCUAUAAAAUCUGCCCGGACCAAGUCAACUCCCAGUCACCUACAAAUAAAUUGGACCGUCUCUUGGAGCAAACCAGUGCUAUUUCUCACGAUAAUUGUAAGGUUUAGCAGAGAACGAACUUAAUCAGAUACGCAGUGAUCGGAGGAGAGGAGGAGGAAGCUAAAGAAUUUGUAACCAAGCAGCAGAAAUGGCUAAUGCAAAGGAAAAGAAGACAGAUUUAAGGGCCAAACCGGAGUCCAAGCUGAAUGAGAAGGAUGCAGAGGGCAGAGAGUAUGAAAGGAAAAUUGAGAAAACGGAUGUUGAUGAUGAAAAGAAGAAAGGAAAGACGGGAGUGUGUCAGGCAGAUUCAGGGGACAAGCUGGCAGGAGAUAGCAAGGAGGAGAAGAAAGACAAAGACAAGAAGGACAAAGGUGAAGUUGAGAAGAAGGAGAAAGAAGAGAAGAAGAAGUCCAAGGAGAUCAAAGAUAAGGGAGAGGAAUCAGCAGAAGACUCAAAGGGCGAUGAUGAAGAGAAAGGAGAGAAGAAGAAGAAGAAGAAGAAGAAAGAUAAGGAAAAGAAAGAGAAGAAGAAUGAGAAACAUAAGGAUGGGGAGGGAACUGCGGAUGAAGAUAAGGAGGGUGAAGAAGAUGGGAAGGAGCAAAAGAAGAAGAAGAAGAAGAACAAAUCUAAGGAGAAGAAGAGAAGGGCAAAAUUGCAUCAAAAAAUGAAGAUGGCGAAUGACCGGAAGAAGAUGUUGAAGAAGAGAAGAAAAAGAAGAAGGAGAAGAAGUGCAAGGACAAAGUUGUGAAGGAUGGAAAUGAUGAAGAAGAAGUGAAAGAAGAGAAGAAAAAUAAGGAAGAGAAGCCCAAAGGUGAAACAGAAAAUGAGAAUGAGGAUGGAGAGAAGGACAAGAAGAAGAAGGAGGAAGACAAGGAUAAGGAAGAGAAGAAGGAAAAGGAUAAAGUUGAGACUAAGGGAGACAAAGAUGAAGAAAAGGAUAAAGUUCAACAUUUAAUGUAAUUUAACAUGUUUAAUAAUCUAUAGUAUUGUAUUGUAUGGUUAUGUUAUGGUACGUUUAACCUCUCAUCA